CACAUAACAUAUAUACACACCAGGGAGAGAGAGAGAGAGAGAGAAACAGAGAAGCAUAGAGAGAGAGAUGAUACAGUUGUAGUAGUAGCAUCGCAUUCCCAUUUUACCCCCCCAAAAUCCCCAAUCCCCUCUCUGCGCCUUAAUCGAUCUCAUCCCUAAUUCCCACCAAUGCGCCAUUCCCGCCCCUUCUUCUCCUUCGUCGUCGUGGUCGUCGUCGUCCUCCUCCUCCUCCUCGUCGUCGUCGUCGCCUCCUCCUCCCAUGGCGACCUCGCCCGUUCCCUCCGCCUCGAGCUCUCGGCGGCGCCGAUCGCCGCCGCCGCGUCGCGGAUCGACCGCCUCCGCGCGAUCGCGCGGAGCGACCAGCUCCGGCAAGGCGUGAUCGCGGCGGCGAUGGCGCGGCGGCGGAGGGCGUGCGAGGCCCCGGCGGCGGCGCCGGCGGCGGCGGAGGGGCCGGAGUCGGCGUUCGCGAUGCCGCUGAGCUCGGGGGCGUACACGGGGACGGGGCAGUACUUCGUGCGGUUCCGCGUGGGCACCCCCGCGCAGCGCUUCGUGCUCGUCGCCGACACCGGGAGCGACCUCACCUGGGUCAAGUGCCGCCUCCGCCCCCGCCGCCGCCGCCACCACCUUUCCCACGGCGGCGACGGCGCCGGCGCCGGCGCUAGGGUUUUCCGGCCGGAGAAGUCGUCGUCGUGGGACCCGAUCCGGUGCUCGUCGGAGAUGUGCAAGACGUCGCUGCCCUUCUCCCUCGCCACGUGCCCCACCCCGACCACCCCCUGCGCCUACGACUACGGGUAAUGCAUCUCUCUAUCUAUCUAUCUAUCUA